UACUUGCUUGGCUGCAUAAAUCAUAAUCAAGAUGAAGACGUGAUCAUAGCGCAUUCGGCAUCGUUCGAGGCAUCGGUAUACCAUUAAGUUCUGACGCGCACGAUAGAACCGUGGACUCCGGGCACGGCUACAGAGGUGGUAGACUGCUAGGCGGAGGCUGGAGGCGAAAACAGACAUAUUUUAAUGUUAUUAAUCAAACUGAUCACAAUGAAGCGCAGAAGGAUUGUGGUUGCGGCAGGCUUCUGUCUUGCCUUCUUCCUUGGUACACUGAUGAAUUUGCUGUAUAUACCAGGGUUUGAGCACCAUCAGAACCACGACCAUAGAGUACAUCGGUACUACCACGAAAAACAGCAGCGGAUUACAGGCGAUUCACAGCUUCAAGUCGGCGAGUCAGUCACUGAAGCUGUGGCCGAGUCCAAUAGUAAACCUGCCGUAGGAAGCAGGCAUCAUCAGGACCUUCUGCUGCAGAUACGAGAAAGAUUCGAUGAGGUUGUGCGGUACCGUCAGCGCCAAGCACAUGGGUCUGGCACCGGAGACCCAGUCCGCCAGCUGGAGAGACGGAGGCUCAUGGAUUCAGAGCCAGGGGACAAUUGGGACCCUGUCAAAGUAAUUGAGCGAACCGAUAACCGACAGACGCGUUUUCAAAAUCGACCUUCACCUUCCAUAUACAUGCACACAGCAUCACGGAAAGAUUUCACUAUGACUUUGAGCAGCGUUAACGGUACUCGGAUGCUUGGCUGCAGCAGCAUAGACAACGUGACCAAUGUUCAGUACCUCGGCUCAGGCUACACAAAGGCUGUCUACAAGGCGUCUCUCAACAACAGCUUGUCCGUGGCUCUGAAAUCGGUGGAUUUCGGGGGACACGAUAUGGAAAAUUGCGUAAAGAAAUAUGGUUCACCUGGAGACUGCUACAGACUGGCGUCAUUCAAAAUAGUGAAAGAAAUGACGCUGAUGGAAAGGCUACAGCACCCCAACAUUCUAAAGUUGUACGGCUACUGCUACCAAGACAGCAAUGACAUCCAGGACACAGUGACAGCCAUCACAGAGCUGGGAAGUCCUCUGGAGAUGAUCCAACUACUGCAGACCUCCUGGGAGGAACGCUUCAGGAUUUGUCUGAGUCUAGUGCGUCUGCUCCACUACCUGGCCCACUCCCCUUUGGGCUCUGUCACCCUGCUGGACUUCAGGCCUCGCCAGUUUGUCCUGGUGGCGGGGGAGCUCAAAGUCACAGACCUGGAUGACGCCAGCACAGAGGAGGCCCCCUGCUCCCCCUCCGACUGCGUCAUGGAGUUUCCCGCCCGCAACUUCACCCUCCCCUGCAGCAGAGGGCGCUGCUUGGGCAUCAACGAGAAGCGCAACCUCUACAACGCCUACAGGUUCUUCUUUACAUACUUGCUGCCUCACAGUGCCCCACCCACUCUAAGACCCCUACUGGACAAGAUAGUCAACUCCACAGGAGAGCUGAUAUGGGGGAUAGAUGAGACGCUGCUUCAGUUGGAGAAAGUGUUGCACCUGUACAGAAAUGGAUUUUACCUGCAGAACAGCACACAGACACACAUAAGAGACUAUAAGCAUGUGGUGGAUGCCUCUAUUCAUGAGGAGAACUACCGCUGCUGGCCAUCCUAUCAGCACGAUGGAUGUCUGCUAUCAGUCUUCAGCAUCACAGAGGCUAUUGGUGUGUGUGAGAGCCACGCCCAGUGCCAAGCAUUUGUACUGACCAAUCAGACCACCUGGACAGGUCACCAGCUUGUAUUCUUCAAGACGGGCACUGCCAGUCUGAGCUCUGCCAAGGGACGGGUCACCUACGUCAGAGUGGGCAGCUGAAUCAAUGGAGGGGGAGGAGACUUAACUGCCAAACCUCGCUCUGAUUGGCUAACCUGCUCAUGGGGCUUGCCCUCACGGCUUAGUGAGUCACCCCAUUGGAUGGGUCGGACAGAGGGAGUUGAAGAUGGAUCCUAGACAACGCCCUCCACGGGGCAUAGAGAAGCCCACACCAGCUCACGCUGAAGUGCAAUAAUAUCACUUGGAGAACAAUUUUACAAUAUUGCUCUUCAUAUGUGUUCUCCGAAGGAAAAUGCUGGGUUGUGCAAGGCUAUAGCUCAGGGUAUAGUGGGGUUACCUUCCUAGCUAAGAAGGGUGACAGUGAACGCCUGAGAUUUCCCUCCUGUGCCCCCGAAACAAAAGUAUGUGGACACCUGCUCAUCAAAAUCAUGGGUAUUAAUAUGGAGUUGGUCCCCCUUUGCUG